AUGUCGGUGACUAAUGUAGCAGUUCUUAAUGGUCAUAAUUUAACAGAAAUAUUACUCGAAGAAGAUGAAGAAGAAAAUUGGAAUGAUAAUUCUAGUGUUGAAGAGGAUAAAAACACACAUUCCAAUAAUAAUCUUAACAGUGGUGACGGUGAAUUGAAUGUUCCCAACUCUGUUAAAGAUGCUCAGAUUUCUUUAAAAAUGGAUAUUUAUACCAUAAAAGAUUUCGUCUCACAAAUCGAAGAACUAAAAACCUUGUAUGACGACAAAUUAACAUUAUCCUGUACAAUAAAAUCAAAAAUGAAGCGAAGAAGAUGGUCAAACGGAUUUUUAUCAAAUGAUGCAAAAAAAUAUAAUAGUCUUGAAAGUAUGUUUAAAGAAUAUUGGGAAGAAGCCGCAGUUAUAAUCGAUUUGUCGGAAAUAGCUCAAGACCGUGAACCAGUGUUCGGUGGUGGGAAACAUGUUGAAGUUGACAUUGAGAAUAUACCUGAUUUCAGAAUUUCAGUAGAAGUGAUGCCAAGUCUUGUUGAGCAUUUAAGGAAAUUACAAGAACGUUUAACUGAACACGUUAACGAAUUAAAAAUUAUUGCUAAAUAA